AUGAGUUUAGAUUAUGAAAUAUACAAAGAAGGCGGUGUUUUGAACAAUAGAUAUCAGAAGAUCGAAGAUAUUAGCGAAGGUUCGUAUGGUUACGUUUCAUUAGCAAAGGAUAUCAAUUUGAAAAAAUUAGUUGCUAUCAAAUAUAUUUUUGAUUUAAAUGAUAAUGACCAACAUGAUGGUUCCAAUAAUUCAAGUUUCGAGAAACAAAAUUUACGAAAUAUGGUUUCUAAAGACGUCAAGGAUAAAUUAUCUAAUAGAGUUUGUCUUGAAGCAAUGUAUGAAAUUGAAAUUCAAAAUAAAAUUGGUCUUCAUAAAAACAUCACAGCAUUAUUAGAUUAUUUUGAUUCCUACAUCAUUAUGGAAUAUUGUUCAGGUGGCGAUCUUUACGAAGCUAUUAAAGACGAUAUUAUUCCAAGAAAGACAAAACUUUAUAAUCAUAUGUUUAAUCAAAUUUUAGAUGCAAUCGAAUUUGUUCACAAGAAAUCCAUUUUCCACAGAGAUAUUAAACCUGAGAAUAUUUUGAUUAAUAACACAAUAGAUUGGACUAUUAAAUUAACUGAUUGGGGGCUUGCUACUGUAAAUAAAACAUCGAUGAAUAGGAACGUUGGUAGUGAAAGAUAUAUGGCACCGGAACUUUUUGAAUCAAAUCUUGAUAUCAAUGAAAGAAGAGAACCUUAUCAAUGUGAUAAAAUUGAUUUAUGGGCUAUCGGUAUUGUCUUUCUAAAUGUAGUUUUCCAUAAGAAUCCAUUUAAAGUUGCUAAUCAGAGUGAUAAGUCAUUUUGUUAUUUUGCUGCAAAUAGGGAAGCUCUUUUCGAUGUCUUCUCUACAAUGGCUUAUGACUUCUUUCAAGUCCUAAGGUAUUGUUUAACCAUCGAUCCUGAUAAUAGAGACCUUAUCAAAAUGAGAUACGAACUAGCAAAUUUAUCUGAAUUCACUUUAGAUGAUGACUAUUACAAUAAACUCGAAGAUGGAUAUGAUACUUGGUCUCAAAAAACAAACACCAACGAAAGAGUCACACCAUCACCUCCGCCACCAGUACCACCUUCUUCUGCACCUGUAAAUUUACCAUCCCCAAUCGCCUCUUCAAAGCCAUUACCCAAAAUUGAAGUACAUCAUGCGGCAGAUGAAAAACCAUUUGAUCCAUACUACAAUUCAUUACAAAUUCCAAAAUUCACUAAUUAUAAUAAACAACAUUACAAUCACAAUCUUAAUUAUAACACAUUGCAUAAAGAAAGAGCAAAAUCUGCUCCAAGAUCCAAAUAUUACAAACGUAAUCGCAACAACAACAACAAUAAUAUCAAUAACAAUAAAAAUGAUAACUAUUACAACUCACAUUAUAAUAAUUUAAACAAUUAUCUCUCAAAGGGAGUUAAAAUUGAACAAAGAAACAAGAGCAAAAUCAUCAAGAAUUCAAGAAAGCCACUUGGAAUUCCUGCACCAAAUAGUCACAUAAAUAACUAUAUGAAAGAACAUGCUCGCGAAAACAAUGGUAAAACUUUCAAUACAAAGGAUUUUUUCACUCCACCGAGUGUGCAUAAUAGAUAUAUGGAAGGCUACCAUAAAAAGAAUAGAACUAAGCAUAGAAGGCCUAGCACAACUGGUAAUAAACAAAGAUUCAGUUUCAGUAAUAACAACGUUACAAGUGGCGUCUUAAGACGGGGAUCUGCUACCGUACAGCAUUCUCCAGGUACUUAUAUUCCACCGAAUGCGAGAUCCAACAUCUAUAACUCAAUACCACAAGUUUUGACAACAAAUAGUAGCCAUAGUAAUGUUUUCGAGAAUGACAUGGAUGAUGAUGAUAUUUUAUUCACUUUGGAUGAAAACAAUGAAUUUAUCAAUAAUUUCAAUGAUUUAUCAAUUACCAAUAAUAAGCCAGCUAAGAGUACUGCAUUUCCUGAUCUAUUAAAGUCCCCAGUCACCCAAGAAGCGACUUUAAACACUAAUAAUGCUUUUAUUAACCCGUUUGCUGCUACGGAUGAUCAGACUAAAUUUAGACCUGGGAAGUACGUACUACCACAUCAUAGGAAACAGUCUUCAAUGACAGAGGCUACAAAACCGAUUAUCACAAAUGACGUCUUCAAUAGCCGCCUAGAAGAAGAUGAUGACGAUAAUGUUUUAAUCUUUGAAGACGAAGAUGAUGAUGACGAUGGAGCUCAAGGUGGCACUGGAAUCGACAAAUUCGGCCCUUAUCAAAUUUACGAUAAUGAAACUGAAAUCAAUAAGUUCCGUAAAUUCUCUGAGAAUAGUAGUAAGUCCCAGGAGGACAAGAUCAUUGGAUCUUUAGAAACCUACAAGAAUAAUUGGAUUAUUCAACAAGAUUAA